AUGUUUGUUGAGCCUCUCAGCCCUUCGCUGAUCCGUGUCCAAGACUACUAUGCUCCCCAACAGAAGACGGAAGUCUCCUUCCUACCAAACACCUGCAAACGUUACUGGAACCCGGAUUUUCUGCAACAACCGAACGUGACCACAGAGACGCCGGUCGUGGGUGUUGCGCCGGAUAUCACCACGCCCGCUCCGCCCAGCUGUCCCAACUGCAGUAUGAAUAGCACAGCGCAGGAGAGCUUGGUUCAGGCCGUAAAUGAGUCCGUUUGCAACAACGGUGGCAGAAUCUAUUUCUUCAAGCCGCACUCCUCCACAGAGAAGGACGAGGAGUCAUUAGCAGGCACAGUAUACUUUGUGGCCUAUGAGAAGACGGUGGCCUCAUGGAACACCACUUUAAUAUUGGCCCACCAGUGUUCCUGUGACAUUCUACGUGACAGGAAUUCAGCUAUUGCUAUCUGGUCUGGUCCCCACGUCUUUGGUUUGUAUCCGGGAAGCGUCAGCGUAGAUUUGGCGGGACAUACAAUUGUGUCAUUCAGUAGUCUGCAUACGGCUCUGGUAGACUUAACUACGCGUUUGGAGAUCAAGACUUCUGAGUCCGUUAAGCCCAAGUGUCGUAAACUCGAAGGUUUGCAACUGCUGGUCCGAAAACUCGCCGAUGCCAGAUGA